CAAUUUUGUUUGUUUCUCAAUCUCUUUCUCUCUCCUCUCUCACCCCCUCAACACAAGAAGGGCUGAAGCCUAAGCAAAAGAAAAGUAUCAUCAAUACUCAUUCAGAUUGAUAGAUAGAUAGAUAUAUAGAUAUAUAGAUAGAUGGAUGGGUAGAUAUCUAGAGAGAGAAAGAGAGGUAGCUCUAGAGAGAGAAAGAGAGAAAAAGGGGGAUUGUAAUUCAGAUAAGGACCUGUAGCUGUAAGAGCUGUAGUUCACCAAUGGCAUCUUCUGUACAUUUUCUCUGCUGCACAUGAGUCAGAAUUAACGGCUCUGAUCAUUCACACCCUCUUCCACCUAUAACCCCACAUACCCUUUUGUUCUUGGAGGGAGGGUUUUUGUUGUUGCUGCUGCUUCUGGUGUGGUGGUGCAAGUGGUGUUCUUUGUGGUGGUGGUGGUGAAUGGCAUUGAUUUGAGGUCUGUUUCUUUGUUUUUCCAUCUGGGUUUUUUUUGGAAGAUGCUUGGUGUUUAAGGGUUGGAAAUGGGUUGGUGAGUAUGUGUUCAUCUGUUCAUGAUUUUUACGCUUGUUUUCUGACUUCAAGUUGAAGACUUUUUUUGGUUUCUAGGGUUUGGUGAGCUGUAAAUUAGCUUGAGCCCUAAGCUUUUUCUUUGAAUUCUGGGUCUUGAAUUCGUACUUUUUUUUUCUUUGGCUGUUUACUUGAGAGUAAAAUAUCUGGGUCUUGCCUUUUUGAUUCUUUUGCUUUUGUUUAUUUAAUUAUUUAUCCUUUUUUUCUUUUUUUGCUUUGAUCUCUACUUGUUUUCGUUUUUCUUUUGAAGAAGUUUUGGAAUCUUGAUUUUGUGACUUCUUUACUUUCCUUUUCCCUUUUUCGUUCGUAGAUUUGGUGAAGAUUUAUCACUAGUUUUGAGGUUUCAUUAUCCAGCUGCUAGAAGCUUUCUUGUUUUGAGUUCAAGCACAUUUGAUGCUUUUCCACCAAAAGGCAAUUUUUGAACACAGUUUUUAUAAUGUGAACUCUGAUGGAGUAGAAUCAAGUGGGCACUCUCUAAGAACUUUUCAUUGUUGAGAGUAAUAUCUUCAUACAAUUUCUCAAUUUCAAGUACCUUUGGAAAAAAUCCAGUGUUCAGAUACUUGCUGCUGGGUUUGGAGUUACAGAGAACAACAAGAGUAGAGUGGGGGAGUCUAGAUUUUGCUCAAGGAAUUGGUGUUAUUGAGUGAAUUGAGGGCUUGGGUCAGAGUUUCAAAGAGAGAUUUAAGCAUAAUUUAUUCCAAGUAAAUGCAUGGAUCGAAGAGAUGCUAUGGCGAUGCCUGGGUCAGGUUCUUAUUAUAUGCAAAGAGGAAUGGCUGGGUCCGGGUCCGGGUCUGGGCCGCAGCCUGGAUUACAUGGAUCACCGGGAAUUCGCUCAUUAUCUAAUCCAAGCAUGCCAUUUCAGCCCAAUAUUGGAGGUGGUGGCUCUAUGGGAUCAACAUUACCCGUGGAGCCUUCGUCUGUAAUCUCCACUCAUGGUGUUAAUGUGGGUGCACCAUCCACAUUGUUGCCACCAAGUGAGCCUGUGAAGAGAAAAAGGGGAAGACCCCGAAAAUAUGGACCUGAUGGGACUGUGUCAUUGGCAUUGUCUCCCUCAUCCGCCACUUCUCCUGGGACACUAACCGCAUCUACCCAGAAGCGGGGUAGAGGGCGGCCACCAGGAACUGGGAGGAAGCAGCAGCUAGCUUCUCUUGGUGAGUGGCUGUCUGGUUCGGCUGGGAUGGGUUUUACUCCACAUGUCAUCACCGUUGCAGUAGGAGAAGAUGUUGCAACGAAAAUUAUGUCAUUUUCACAGCAGGGGCCAAGAGCUAUAUGCAUCUUAUCAGCAAAUGGAGCUGUAUCCACUGUGACCCUUCGUCAGCCUUCAACCUCUGGUGGCACCGUCACAUAUGAGGGACGUUUUGAGAUACUAUGUCUGUCAGGCUCUUAUUUGCUAACUGAUAAUGGUGGCUCCCGCAACCGAACUGGUGGUCUAAGUGUCUCCCUUGCUAGUCCUGAUGGUCGUGUCAUUGGUGGUGGAGUUGGAGGAAUGCUUACAGCAGCAAGUCCUGUUCAGGUGAUAGUUGGGAGCUUCAUAUGGGGCAAUUCAAAGACAAAGAACAAGAUGGGGGAAAGUGUGGAAGGUGCUGGGGAUUCAGAACGUCAGACAGUUGAUCAUCCAAUCACUACUCCCACUACUGUUCCAGCCAGUCAAAAUCUUACUCCAGCCUCAUCGAUGGGUGUGUGGCCAGGUUCACGGCAGUUGGAUAUGCGAAAUUCUCCUGUUGACAUUGAUUUGAUGCGUGGCUGAGAAGUUCCAUUGAUAUAUACAUGGGCAGUGUAUAUAUUUUGCUGUUUCUAAGCCACUUGACUCUAAUUUUCUUCAGUCCCAACCCAAAAAAGCCAGAUGAUUCUCGGUUUCUUACUCCAUUCACCCACAUUAGUGGGGUUGUACUGAUAUUUUUGUAGCUUAAUGGAAAUUUAGUUUGAUUUUGGUGUUCUUGGUCUGUACCAUUCUAUAUCCUAUAUCAUUGAUCUUUAGUCCAAAACAGUAAUAUAGAGAUCAAAGGUAUAUAUUUCUUUAGAGGUGCAGCCAUAUUUAUCUGU